GUUUGUGUUGUCAGUCCCCACAUGGAGCAUGUUUUAAAGGCUGCUAAGAUCCUGCCUGCAUGACAAUUGGACCAAGACACAGAUGUGAGCACAUCUUCUCUCAAGACACAAAGAAAAGAAAUAUACGCCUGUUCAACAUGCUGAACUCUGAUGAGUCACACCGUUGUGGCCUGUCCUGCCUCGGCCCUCUGACCUUCCACCGUCACGCUGUGGGAAACAAAGUCAUCCUGAGUGAGGGGUGUCGACUGGCAGAGAGGAAGGGGACCUCGUUCAAUGACGGCCUGGUGUUCAGCAGCCGCGAAGUGAAGAUCCAGGAGAGGAUUCGUCUGCGGGUGGAGAAAGUUUUGUCGAACUGGCACGGAGCUCUGCGUGUGGGCUUCACUAACGUGGCGCCUUCAGCCAGAUGUCUGCCUCUGGCCCCCAUGGCCAUCCCAAACCUCACUGACAUACCUAGCCACUGGGCUGCUCCCAUACCUGAAUCUAUCUGCCAAGCAGGUUCAGAGCUGGAGUUCUGGGUUUCUCAUGGAGGUGCCGUGUAUGUUGGCAAUGACAUUUUUCAGCACAAGCUACUCAGAGGAGUGGAUAUCAGCCAGCCACUGUGGGCCAUGAUAGACAUCUACGGACAGACGCGCUCCAUUUACCUUCUGGGCUCUAAGAAAAGAGAGGCAUUUCACAUGAGGCGGUCGUGUCCAGCACCUAAACGCCUCACUUCACCUGAUAUUGAGCACCAAUCCAGUUUGAUUCUGGAUGGAAACUAUGAUGGAUGCAUGUCCUGUCUUGACAUGGACGUCCCAACAGAUGUAAAUGAAGACACGGAAAUGGACUGUGUGGUGUGCAUGGAAAGGACGGCCAGAGUCACUUUGCCUUGCGGCCACCAGUGUCUCUGCAGAUCCUGCGCCUCCAGGGUCAUCCAUGAUUUUGGCGUCUGUCCUCUGUGUCGAUGCGAGAUCAGACAUCCGUGAGUGGAGGAGAGGUGUGUCUCUGUGGGGGCUCCUCGCUGCUGUGUGACUCUAACCAGAAAACACUCUGAGUAGUACCUGAUGUGUCCUGGUGGCCUGGCGUGGGAAGGUUUGCCAUGUGGCCACAGUGUCCCUGAGUGCGGCACAGCCAGGAAACAUUGUCAAAUGUAGUUCAACUAACUCUUCCUUAAUAUGUAAAUGCUGUACAGCACGUGUAAGAUAUGAAAGACUGAGGUUCUGAUGUGAAGAAAACUGAGCUGCAGUAUUUUCUGAUCAUGUAAAACGUGAGGAAACUAUACUGUAUACUGUAUAUUUUAUCGCCUUGAUGUUGUAAAUAUGACAUAAAUCUUUAUUUUUGUAAAACUCCUUUUGCUCUCUGUAAAUAUUUUUAUUUAUUUGACUGAGAAAAUAUGGCUGCAAAAAUAAAUUUUAUUAUAUAUACCAUGA